AUGCUCAAGCGAAGUUUAUCUCCUGAUACCACAGAUGGUCAUAGUGUCAAAGCACCACGACGUAACGAGCCGGUUGUUCUCGCUGCUGCUGAUGGUGGUGAUCCCGAUAUGCCUACAGCAUCGUCAUCCGAACCGCUGGAUGAAUCUUUUUUAUUAGGCUCGCCUUCUCUUUCAAGAGUGUCAUCCCAAUGCCUUGACGAUAGCGAGGGCGAAAGCUACCAUUCAGCCAAAAGUUUUUCGGAUAUCGAGAGCGAGUAUAUGGAGGAUGCAGAUGAUGAUAACCACGAGGAUCUAGAGCUGGACAUGUCGUAUCAAAGGGUUACUAUCAGGAUACCCGCUUUGAAUCAAGAUGAAGGGAAUGAGAACAAUCAAACCUUCGUAUAUGGAGUGGAGGAUAUGGAUGGUGGAUUCGGGGAUGCGUUGCGGGAUUAUAUACUGCUUGUGGGUGCCUAUCCAUCCGUAUCAAGGCAUGAUAGCGCAUUCAAGGGUAUAUGCAAUCGGCUAUUCAAAGUGCCUGAAGCACAACAAAUUCAUGUUACGCAAGGGGUGCACGAAAAGUAUGUGAACGCUACCGCAAACUGCCGAAACAAAAUAUCCAAGGUUUUCAAAGCCGUCAUGAAAACAUACACGUUUGAGAGUACGACCCUUCCUGAACAAUGCAAAACGAAUCGUAAAAGGCAAUUCAAGUAUAUGCUGGAUGCCAUGAGAUUUGCCCGCAAGGACUACUUGUCAUCGGGAGCCAUUUUGCAAGGUGCUGCCUUGGGAGAUAUCAUCGCCAAGCUGUUUUAUCAUGGGAGAAAAGGGAUUCAAUGGUCGUUAAAGUACUCAGAUGACCUGGUGCCUCGCCCUCUCAUUGCGUUUGCAUUUCUUUUCAUGUACAUCAACAUGACAUUGCUGUGUACCACAAAACGAGAUCGACAGUCCUUAAACUGCCGUGAUGUUGGUGCUAUGCGAGCAUCACUCUACCGAAGCACCCUGCAAGGCGUCUACGAAAAUGGAGAGGUUGUGGAUUGGGAUGAGGUCCAACGUGUACAAACAAGGAUAGUGAACCAAAACCUCCGAAGAUGGGAAGUAUCUGGACCUUCUACCUUCGGUCCAUUGAGUGCCACGUAUCAACCGAAAUAUCAAGAUGGCGUCUACAAUUCUGAUGGUGAUGAAGACUAG